AAAAGCGUCAGCUCCCAUCUAUGUGCACAGUACCAUUUUGCACGCAAACAUGGCGCCGCGGCUGGAAUUGCCUUACGAUAUAACUAGAGUGACGCCCGAAGAAGAUAGAAUCAUCAAGAGGUGUCUGAAAGGGCACACCACAUCUUUUGUGAGAUGCGGCAAGCCAGGGUACGUCAUGCCGGGCUCCUUCGUCAAGUGCGCGGAGGCCAUAUACAACCUGAAGGUUCGUCCAGACGACGUAUGGAUCAUCACAUUCCCUAGAUCAGGAACCACAUGGACACAAGAGUUGAUAUGGUUAGCUGAAAACAAUUUGGACUACGAAACAGCAAAAAGUAUACCGCUGCACGAAAGAUUCCCAAUGUUGGAGACCACGUCAACAAUUCCAGAGAUCGCGAUCGAGCUUAUAAAGAUGAACUUUAUGGACCUAAGCAGUUUCCAAGGCGUGGGAAACGCAGUGCGGGAGCCGAGCUGGGAAAGCAUCGACAAGGCCCCUUCACCACGAUACAUCAAAACGCAUCUACCUCUAUCACUGCUGCCGCCAUCUUUACUGAACACGGCGAAAGUUGUGUACGUAGCUCGGGACCCGAGGGAUGUGUGCGUUUCUUAUUACUACCUGCACAAGAUGGUCGCAAAGAAUCUGUUCAAAUUACAAUUUCAUCAUUUCUGGGAGGCCUUCAGAAGGGAUCUUUUACCCUGGACACCCAUCGUGGCACACACAGACGAAGCCUGGAUGAAGCGAAAUCAUCCAAACCUACAUUUUGUUUUCUAUGAAGAUCUGCUUGAGGAUCUGCCUAAACAAAUCCGUCGGUUGUGCCUUUUUCUCGGUCGGAAGUAUUCCGAUGAGGAAAUUAAGCAGUUAGCACAUCAUCUUAGCUUCGACAGCCUCCGCAAGAAUAAGAAAGUCAACAAUACAGUCGGAGAUGGGGGGGUGCAGUUCAUCAGAAAAGGUGAAGCGGGUAAUUGGAGAGAACACUUUGACUCCAAGAUGGAAUUGGAAGCUGAAGAUUUUCUAAUCGAGCGACUCCGCGGUCUAGACCUUAAAUACCCGACGGUUUCGCUAGUAGAAAUAACAUAUUUAUAGCUGAUUGGGACUAGCUAGGUUAAUAUUAAGUAACGGCCUGUCAGCCCCUAAAAUUAAGAGACUACUUUAUAUUGUAGAGAAAUUGUUUUCAUCGAUAUUGAGAUGUGAUUGCUAGGCGAG